AUGAGUCCCGCCGGGCGGGGCGCCCCCGCAGCGCUGCGCCUCCUCCCCGGGCUGACGCCGUGGCUGCUGCUGCUGCUGGGUCCACACUCGGCGCGAGGUGACUGCGGCCUUCCCCCGGAUAUUCCUAAUGCUCUACCAGCUUUGGGAGGUAGCGCAACUUUUCCUGAAAACAGCAUAGUCACCUACAAAUGCAAUGACGGCUUCGUAAAAAACGCUGGCAAGAAAGACUCCGUGAUCUGUCAUAACAGCAAAUGGUCCGACCUCAAGGAAUUUUGUAGCCGUAGCUGUGAUGUUCCAACCAGGCUGCGUUUUGCAUCUCUGCAAAAGAUUUAUAUCUCACAGAAUUAUUUCCCAGCGGGAUCCGUUGUGGACUAUGAAUGUCGUGUGGGCUACAUUAGGAACCAUUCCCUAUCAUCAAAACUAACUUGCCUUCAGAAUUUUACAUGGUCCAUACCAGAUGAAUUUUGUACAAGAAAAUCAUGUCCUGACCCUGGAAAAAUAAUAAAUGGUCAAGUCAUUAUAAAAACUGACAUAUUAUUUGGCUCAUCCAUCACCUUCUCAUGUAACCCAGGGUACAAAUUAGUUGGUACAGCUAUUAGUUACUGCCUUCGUAAGGGAACGGAUAUUGGUUGGAGUGCUCCGUUGCCAGAGUGCAAAGGUAAAAGUUCUCCAACUUCCAAGGUCACACCAACUCCUCCGAAACCCACCACAGUGUAUGUUCCAAGAACCAAAGCCCCAACAACUCCUCUGAAACCCACCACAGUGGAUGUUCCAAGAACCAAAGCCCCAACAACUCCUCUGAAACCCACCACAGUGGAUGUUCCAGCAGCACAGAGUCAAGCUGUUCCCAGGACAACUGUCACCUCUAAAGGAAGUGGAACCCUUUCUGAAGGGGCUAAAGCAAUUACAUUUGGAGUCGGUGGUGCUACUGUAAUAAUUAGUAUGCUAAUUCUAGCCAAAAUUAUCCUGGACUGUGGAAAAUCAGGGACAAACAUUUAUAACAUUGAUAGUUUUGCUUAUGACGCUAGUAACCACUGGCUACCUGGCUUAGCCACAGAAGAAAAAAGAAGAAAGCUUACACAAGUAUCCAGGAUACUUCUAGUUUCUUAUAAGUUUCUGGAAGCAUGGACACAAUAUAUGCAGUAGUGCUGUUCAGUUUGCAUGCUCUCAGUUUCGUUAAGGUGCUAAGAGUGUCACUGAAUCAAGAAGAAACAAAUCUGUCCCAGAAUCAUCACGUUCGCAGCACUUCCAAGCCUCUUAAAAAUAAAACAAUUCGCAGGACCGGGACUAAUUACUUUUCGAAAAGUGUAGGAAAAUGUAGGGAUUUGUUCAUGCUUAGAAGUGCGCAUGAAGAAAAGGAAGUAAGCGAUUCUUCCCCCCAUUGGAUUUGUAAUGUUAUUUUUACUUACAAGAAAAUUAAAAAUUAAAAACCAUUCGUUGGAUAUUGAAAACAAACAAAUUCAUUGCCUGGCCUCUCUUCUGAGCAAAAUUGCCAAAGUGAGAUAAACCAUGUUAUAAAAUAACCCUUCUUGACUCUAAGGCAUUUUAUACUUUCUUAUUCCAUGGAAAUGCAUUUGACUGGGUUGGAAAAAUAUUUUAAAUGAAAAAGAUGUUAAUGACCUAGAGAAUCAAGUUUCCUGGGUUAGUUGGUGGCAAAGGAGAAGUAUAGAAUGAAGGAAUAAUUCUUUCUUUGUCACCUAAGUACAGAUAAUUAACAAGAUUUAACCCUUUACUUGUAAGAUGGAUCAGUGACAAUUUUAAUUUUGUUCUUAGGAAAAAUCUUUCUUUUUGUAAAGGAAUCUGUGAGAGGAUGAGAGGGUCUUUUUAUUAACUUAAUGUCUUUGAAAGUAUCUAGAAAUAUUACAAGAUUAACAGGAAAAGAUUCUAUAUUUCUGAAGUGAUUCUAAAUUAUAAAUCUUAUUUUUUGUAAUAUUAUGAUUAUUUAUAUCAGUGAACACACUGGUUUUACAUGUAUAGGAAGAAAAGUUCAAGAUGAUAUGUAAAGGAAAAUUUAUUUUCCCUAAAUGAAAUAAAUAAUUGAUCAAA